GGCAUGCAGACAAGACAGGCUGAAAUACAGUGCAAGCAAGGACAAUUCGAUGCUGCUGCAAGAUUUGAUCGUCAAUGAAUCAGUCUAACGUAAACAACUUGGGAAUGUUAACGUGUAUCUUACCAAAGGCAAGAAGGAUUUUGUACUCUGUUUUAUCUUUUACCUUGUAAUGGAAUUCAUUUUACCAUCUCCACCAUCUACACCACCAACUCUACAAAUUUCGGAAACGAACGCAUCUGAGAAAGGCAUCCCUAUCGUUACAGCUGCCUCCGGUCGCUUCACCAUGAGUCCUCGUCCCAUCGAGAAAUCCGACUACGACGCUGUUCAGACCCUCUUGUCCAUGCGGAGCGUUCCUUCUCAAGUCACGAUCAAACGGAGCGAUUCUCCCGUACCGUCAUCAUCAUCAUCGUCGCCGUUCCCGACCAGCUUCAGCGACCCGCUCUCGCCAGUCUCUAUUGACGAGGAGAAUAGUCAGCAUCAACCCGCCGAUAUGAUGGAAUUCACGACGACUAGAAUGAGGGGGUUGGACACACCGCCUCUCACGCCUCCUCCGACCAAACCAGUAGUGGUCACAGGAAUGCCCAUGGGACACACAUUCUCCAUGCCACAGACAAGCAGCGCCAUCGUCACCACACAAAGGAUGGCUUCAUGCAAUCUGGUCAGCAUUACCCCAAGCAUCAUGGCAUCCAAGGAGAUUCCAAGUAAAUUGCCCAUGAUGGACACGACGUCGUUACAGUCUGUGCAAUCUCGUCUCUCCCCCAUCUCACAAACGACCACACAAACAACCUCAUCGUACAACCGGGUUUCUGUCAUCAGCGAAACGAGGAGAGAUAGCGCCCCCGUCACAGCGUCGUCGGAGGGAUCAAUUACUCAAUCAGUGCAGUUGAUGCCACAAGUGCAAGAACUCAGAAACACUGUCCAGCAACCUUGCGAGCCCCAGCCAAAAUACAUUGCCGUCAAUGGGUCCUUCCAGGUGCCAUCUUCAUGCCAGAACGCAUCUCCUGCACCGUCUGUCAAGAAAACAGAACAGUCCUCAAACGUGCAAACGGUGUCUUUUAUCCAGAUUCCCCAACAGAACACUCCAAGAUCAGGUAACAAUGGACAGUCUGAUCAGGUCAAAGCAGUGGUGAUGGCAGUCCCAGCCAAUGUCAUGGUUGUUGUGAAUGGAAUGCCCAAAUCGGAAGGACAGAAGCUGUGCCCUCUUGCCCCAGCACCAUCUCAGAACUCAUCGUCGAUGUCAGACAAGGCUCCAGUGUCUCCUGCUGCAGUAGAGUUCUCAAGAAGAAGGAAUCACAUCUGUACCUUUCCCAACUGUGGCAAGACCUACUUCAAAAGCUCUCAUCUCAAGGCCCAUGUCAGAACUCACACAGGCGAGAAACCUUUCCACUGUACUUGGGAAGGAUGUGACAAGCGAUUCGCCCGAUCCGACGAACUAUCCAGACACAAACGGACUCACACUGGAGAGAAGAAGUUCCUCUGUCCUAUGUGCGAUCGUCGCUUCAUGCGUUCGGACCACUUGACGAAGCAUGCCCGUCGUCACAUGGCCGCCAAGAAGGUGCCCAACUGGCAAGUAGAGGUCAGCAAACUUUCAACCAUGGCAGCCGAGAAUCGACAGCAGCCGCAGCAAAUGGUACCUAUGAUCAUAACAAGCUCUUGAACACUGUAUUAAAAGAACUGACGUCGUGAAAUGAACCUGGAGUUAUUCCCCAGCCGUUGCUGCUACACGCUGGUAACGAUCAUCAUCGUCGAAGGCAUCUUGCUCAGAUCAGACAGUCACUGAAUUGCUUGGAGAUUGGGCAUGGCUCCAUGAGUAGGAGUUUCUUUUGAACUCGAAGCCGGACAAAGGACUGAUGUAAUAGAGAGGUGUAUUAACUUUAUAUCCGUGGACAUAUCAUUCCUAGAUCAAUAGAUGAUAAAAUUUGGUGUCUUAUUCAAGUCAUGAACUGUCUUUAGACCUACAUAGAAUUACCUUGUAUUUGUCCUUGUGUGAAUUAGAUCAUAUCAAGUCGAUCUGUAAACAUCAAGUUUGAUGGAGAAAUAUGGUAUUUAUUAUACAUAUAUGUACACUACGGAAUGCCUCUUCAGACUUCUUAGGUAUUUAUAUUUUUCGGGGUGCCAAUCUUCUUUACCAGAUGAGGGUUUGUGUGUAACAUUUAUCCACUAUAGACAGUUGAGCUAACUCAACUUGGUAAUUUCAUGCUGCUUGUUUGAUACCACGACUUUGAAAUAUUAUUAAGUAAACUGUGCUCUUUUCUAAUCCUUUUUUUUUCCUAUUUCGUGCUGGAAUCACGAACAAACACCGUGUUAGUAAAUAUUUAUUUAAAUGUAUGUGAAAGAUAUUUGAUGUCAUAAAACUUACGGGAAACCUGGAUUUUUGCCAAAUUAUCUCAGCGGCGGGUGUGUUAUUCUUAUUAUUGAUCAGAUUGCAUGUACCUACUUAGACGACAUAAAAGUUUAUUAUAAUUCAUUAUUGAUUCAAUUUGGAAAGAGGUUGGAGACUGAGAUAUAAUUAUUUUGAUCCCAACAACCAAAGUGAUGUGCGCCAAAGCAUAAAUAAAUUUGGAUAUUUUUGUUCUGCUCUUUCAUCCUAGAUUUUGGAAAAAUAAUAACGUUUUUUUUUUAUUUGUUUAUUUUUACCUCUAAAUUGUUGCCAAAAUAAGUUGCUUGCUAAAAAAAAAUAACGGGUAAAAAUUGUGAAUCGUGUAAGCUGGACUUGCAUGUCAAUACCCGUUUUUUUUUCUUGUGUGAUCCCUCUGGAUUAUUGUUGUAGGGUAUAAUGUCAUGACAGUUCAGAUGGUAGAUUAUUUAUGAUUAAUUUAUAAAUAAAAUGUGUGUGUUUGUUACCAAAGACAUUUGACCCGUCGUAAAAAGAAUUGGGUUUCAAUCGCAACUCUAAAAAAAAAUAAAAGCGAAAGUCCAAAAUGCGCUCCUUUGAUUGGUUGACAGUCAAGAUGCGUUUGAUGUUUUCAGUUACGUUUAAUUUCAACUCUUUAUGCAACCGGCUUGUAUCAGUUUUGAUCAGAGUGAAGUCAGAGGCACGGAGAAUGAUACUAAGACUCAAUAUCCAAAUUAAAGAAUUAUCCCUAAAUUAUGCAAUCUUACACAAAGAUGAUACAUGUAUUGCAAAUUUUGUUAUUUUUUCGGAUGCAAAAUGACCCAAUUUCCUUUUUUUUCUCUCUUUUUAUUUGAAAUUCGCCCAAGUUUCUUCAAUUUUCUACUUAAAUCUGAUAAUUUUUCUUAAAAAACAACUAUGGUCACAUUCGUAUUACUUACAUUUUAUCUUCGCAUUUCCUUUUUUUCCCCUACUUAGUUUUUUUUAAAUUAUUAUUAGCAGUGUUGUCCUUACGUAAUGUAGACCUACUACACAGGUCUUACAUGUAUAUCCUUUUUUCUUUGAGUGUCGUAUGUAUUAUGUUACCCUUUUUUCAUCUUAUUUAUGACGUCAUAAAUGUUCACUUUCAUUUUUAAAGUGAGAUUCAUGUUGUAGGGAUGAAUAAAACCAUUUCCUUAUUUGUCUUGUUUAAAA